AUGGAUGAGCAAGAGGACGCCAAUCAGGAACAGCGUGUCAUAAACGAGGAGUACAAGACAUGGAAGAAGAACAGCCCUUUCCUCUACGACAUGAUUCUCAGCACGGCGUUGGAGUGGCCCACUCUGACAACUCAAUGGUUUCCCGAUGUUAAGGACGUCGCUGACAAGAAUUACCGUGUCCAUCGUUUGCUCAUCGGAACGCACACGUCGGAGGGGAACCCCAACUAUGUGCAGAUCGCCGAGGUCGAGAUCCCCAAGAUGGUUGAGCCCAACCCUCACGAUUACGACGACGAGCGCGGCGAGAUUGGUGGCUUUGGGAGCAAAGGCCCCUCGGGAGAGCCUCCUGUGAUCAAGCUCAAUGUCACUCAGAAGAUCGACCAUCCCGGAGAGGUCAACAAGGCGCGAUACCAGCCCCAGAACCCCGACAUCAUUGCCACGCUCUCGGUUGACGGAAAGGUCUUGAUUUUCGAUCGGACCAAGCACAGCAUGAUACCCACCGGCACGCCAACCCCCCAGAUCGAACUGAUUGGCCAUAAGGAGGAGGGCUUUGGUCUGAACUGGAACCCUCACGAGGAGGGAUGCCUGGCGUCUGGUAGUGAGGACAAGACUGUGCUCCUCUGGGACCUGAAUACGCUCCAGGGAUCUAGCAGAACCCUUAAGCCGUCUCGGAAGUACACUCACCACAAUCACAUCGUCAAUGACGUUCAGUACCACCCGCUGGCCAAGAAUUUCAUCGGCAGUGUCUCGGACGAUCUGACUCUGCAGAUCAUCGACGUCCGUCAGGCGCAGACAGACCGGGCGGCAGUCGUUGGCCGUGACGGCCACACGGAUGCCAUCAAUGCUCUUGCCUUCAACCCUCGGGCCGAGUACUUGAUUGCCACUGCGUCGGCUGACAAGACGAUUGGUAUCUGGGAUAUUCGCAACCUGAAGCAGAAGAUCCACACCCUGGAAGGCCAUAUGGACGCCGUCACAUCGGUUGCGUGGCACCCUACCGACUCUAGCAUUAUUGGCAGCGGUGGCUACGAUAGACGAGUGCUCUUCUGGGACCUCAGCCGCGUUGGCGAGGAGCAGCAGCCCGAGGAUGCCGAGGAUGGCGCGCCUGAGCUUCUCUUCAUGCACGGCGGACACACCAAUCACUUGGCCGACUUCAGCUGGAACCUCAACGAUCCCUGGCUCGUCUGCAGUGCGGCCGAAGACAACCUCCUUCAAAUCUGGAAAGUAGCAGGCGCCAUUGUUAACGGCGACGAAGUUGAAAUGCCUAUGAAUGAACUAGAAACCAACUAG